ACGUCACCCUGACGUCACCGCGUCACAAGACAAACAACAUGGCUUCCUACCUGGUGUUACAUGUUUACCUCUAGCUGUCGUCAGCUGCUAAACGACGAAGUUCAAUGUAUAAUUAUAAUUAUAAGUAGUUUGGCUCCUGUUCUUGUAGGCACUGGUACAUGGAGCUUCACUGAGAACAAGCUGGACUAAAGGUUUAAGGUUAUUUAUCUAGAUAAAGUCAGUCAGGUGAUUUAAACAACCAUGGCCUCGGCUUUUGUUGUUGGGGAUAAAUUCAGAAACAUGGUGACGGAGUUGUUAGAGGACACUGACUCGUCUCUGCCUCAGAGACUGAGAGAGGAACUGGAGGAGACUCUUGGAAAAGCAGAACCAACAACACUGUCCUUCAGUACAGCGAGGACACUGAAGACAUACCUGCAGGACAAAGGGCAUCCUUUCUACCUGCAUGAGUUCCUGGAGGACAGCUCACUGCACCUGCCUGAGGUUGUGAAGCCUCCCAGAAACCCAGAGCUAGUCGCACGUCUCGAGAGGAUCAAAGCCAAACUGGCCAAUGAGGAAUACAACAGAAUCACACGUAAUGUCAACACUCAGGAACUCAACCGCAGUGGAACAUUAGCAGAUAUGGGACGGCAAGUGCGAUCAGUCAAAGCAGUGGUGGCGACGGUUUUCAACUUCCUUGUCACAGUGGUUGCUGCUUUUGCCUGCUCGUAUAUGGGCAGUCAGUACCUGUUCACGGACACGGCAGCGCGAGUGCUAGCGGCUGUGAUCGCUGCGUCUGUAGUCGGGCUGGCUGAGCUGUAUGUGCUAGUCCGGACCAUGGAGGGGGAACUAGGAGAACCAUAGCGGCGGCUACACAAAAAAAAAACGAGGGAAACACAAAAGCAGUGAACUGCAUCAGCCCUCAAUGUAGAACUUUGGCGACCCCACCGAGACUACUGAUUCAGAACAGACAGCUCACUCAGCCAUGAAAACCUUGAAGACUUAUUGUUUUUGUUAAACAGGAAAAUUGGUGGAAAUUUUGUGUUAAGUUACUGAUAAUUAACCAAGUGAUACUGCAAUCACUAAAUGGAAGCUGGAACAUCACAAGAAAGCAAAUUCGUUCAAAUUAACUGAAUAUCUGUUCUUUGACUUUGUCAAAUACUACUGCUUUAUCUGACGUUCCACCUGCCUGGACUUUGUUUUUUUUGUUUUUUGAUCAAAUCAGAAUAUGAAUGAUAUUUCUUAUUUAUUUACAGCUAUUUUCUAUUUCAAAUUUGUCCUAAAACUACAACCUGAAAAUAAAUGUUCAUUUACUCGUGAUUCCUUCCAUUCUGUUCUCAGAUGUAAUCAUAUUUGUGUUCAAUAAAAUCAUCAGCACUAACUAGAGCUAAUUCAUAAAGUUGAUAAUCCUCUAGUUAUUGUUACCUUCCCCAUGAA